AUGGCACAAGAUUUCGCCUCCAAAGUGGACCUAAUAUUAUCAAAGUUAAGUCAACUGGAAAAUAUCGGCACACAAAUAAAUGUUUUACAGGACUCUGUGGAUCGAAUAAAUCAAACGGUCGCAAACCUUCAAAGCGAAUUCCACCGCUUAAAGGAAGACGUACGAAAUACAGUCGAAGAAACAAAUACGCUUAAAACAAGCGUAAAAUUCCUGAAUGAUGAAGUGGAAACCAGUAAGAGAAAACUCCGAGAUGACGAAGAGAAGUCACGACAGGAGUUGGAUCACUUGCGUCUCCAACUCUUAAAUUAUGAAGUGUACAGCCGCCGCGAAAAUCUUCGUUUCUACGGCAUUCCAGAAAUCGAAGGGGAAGAGAAUACUGAACCCGUUUUGAAAGCUUUCUUGGAGAAAGAGGUAAAUGCGGAAAACGCCCAAUCUAUA